UGGCUCGCGUCGUUGCCAGGCAACGUGCCGGCGCUGGCCGAGGGGACGCGGGGCAGCUGCUUGCACACGGGGGCCGAGGUGGCGACGCGGCCGAGGACACGCCCCUGUGCUGGACCGUCGCCCAGCGUGUGGAGGAGGAAGCUAGGCAGCGGCUCCCGUCACUUUCCCCUGGGUGAUCAGAUUGUGUACGUGAUUUGUGUCCGUUCCACAGCGACUUUGCUCCCACACCGGGCCGUCAGUACUCCUGAGGAAGCCGCCGGCAGCCGCUGAGCACUGGGGAGCAGGCGACCGCCGGGCCUGUCCAGCCCUGGGCAGCUCCGGCACAGCAGUGUCUAUGUCUCCUGAGCGUCUUCCCAGCGGGUCUGUGCGGACCUGGCGGCACCAACACACAAGGCCAACAGGAGCUGGGGGGGCAGCUGGCCAGAUGCCCCCUCUCUGUGCGUUUUUGAGUGAACUGGCAGAGGAAGCAGGGGAGGUUUCUAAAGACAGCGGUGCAAGCCCGGCACCUGGGAGGCAGAGCGGUGACGCUGGGCAGUGGGCGAAGACCUGCUCCCUCCUUCCCUCCUCGGGCGGGGCCGCCAGGGUCUCUGGGCGUGGCGAGGGCUUACCUACCCGCAGUGUCGGUGGCCCAGACCCAGGGGAACGCAGCGGUGCCUGGGGGGAGUUUGAAGGCUUCAGGGAGUCCUCGGCCAAGUCUGAACAAUUCUCUCGGUCCUUUGAGCUCCCAGAGAGGCCCGCAGAGACUCAGCUGCCUAGAACCACUUCUGCCCCAAAGGAGUAUGGUUCUCGCCAGCCUCACCAGGGUGGACCUUGGGCGACGGGAACCGCCACCAUCUCACCUUCUGAGCUCCUUCUCAGCUAUGAGAACAUUUUUAAGUUUGCUUUUCAAGAAGUGCCCAUCCAGCAGGUAACUGAAGCUGUUUCCACCUUAGACGGUUUCUUAGAAGCAAGCAAGGAAGAAGCACCUGGCCUUGAACCUGUGCAGACACUGUGUUCUGAAUCUAGAAAACUCUGGAGAGCUCUUCAGAACUCCAAGACCAUUUUGACUUCCCAAUGUCUCUGGAGUGAGUCCCGCUGCCAGGAAAACUUCCUCCUUGUUCUCGGAAUUGAUGCUGCUCAGAAGAGCCGUUCCACAGGCCAGGGCCACACGCAGGAGGACCCAAACCUCCAGGGGCGUGCAGAGUCCACGGCACGCAGCUGCCAUCUGCCGCACUGCGGAGCCCUGAUCCAGACCCAGCUCACAGGGACACCUGGCAGCAGACAGGGCAGCCUGAUCACAUACAGCCUCUUCCUGAAGACCCCCUUCCACGGAAACCGGCAGUUCACAAUUCCACGGAAAAAGAAGAUUUUCACUCCACGUAAUCUAAAAAUGACAUUGUUUAACAGUGAUGUUUGCUAAAGCGGAAGGACUUUGUAUCUUUAUGAGGAAUUUUCCAUUA